CAUUGACCUAUUCUAUCAGUCGCCUCUAAAGCGUCGUGAUAAAAGGUCAGAAGAAUAAAUUUAGCCGGUGGAUUGAAGAAAGUUUCAUUCGGUUCCCUAACGAUCUAGGGGUUCGGGUAAACGCGUCGCUUAAGAAAUGGAUACAAAUGAGAAACGUGAAAAUUGGGAACGCGUCGCUGGCGCCGAAGAGUUCGACGAUAAACCAAUAAAGCCAUUGACAUGGGGUGAAAUAAUGGAGAGAAUGGUAUGGAGAAAUGUUAUUCAACUAGGAUUUUUCCACGCAGGAUUUUUCACCGCUGUAAUUAUGUAUUGUUUUCGGCUUUAUUCGGUACCGAUAAAAUGGGAGACUAUAGCCUGGGCCGCUGCCGCUAGCCACGUACCAGCGUUAGGAUUGACGGCCGGCGUUCACAGACUUUGGACCCAUCGAGCCUACAAAGCGAAAAUACCUUUGCGAAUUAUUCUGAUGAUGAUGUACUCGGUCGCCGGAUUGACGUCGAUAUUUCACUGGGUCAAGGAGCACAGAGUACACCACAAGUUUUCAGAGACUGAUGCCGAUCCUCACAAUGCUAGGAGGGGAUUUUUCUACUCGCACGUUGGAUGGAUUUUGCAGAGAAGACAUCCGGAAUUCUUACGCCGAUCCAGGGAGAUCGACAUGACCGAUAUACUGAGCGAUCCCGUCGCAGUUUUUCACAAAAAGUACGUGACGCAGAUGAACCUUCUGUUCUGUUUCAUCAUACCAACCGUAAUCCCCGUUGUAUGUUGGGGAGAAAUUUUAUUGCACGCGGUAUUGACCCAGUGCUUUAUCCGUCACGUUUUGGCCUUCCAUUUUCUCUGGAGCGUGAACAGUUUCGCGCAUUUGUACGGCACGCGUCCGUACAACAGGCUCAUAAAUCCAGCGGAAAAUCGUAUAGUGUCGCUUUUCACGCUUGGCGAAGGAUCGCACAAUUAUCACCACACCUUCCCGUGGGAUUACAAGGCGUCGGAAUUCCCCUAUUUCAAUUUCAACUCCACUACGCUAUUUAUUCAAGCUUUCGAAAAAAUCGGCUGGGCCUACGACCUCCGAGAACCUUCGCCCGAGUUGGUCGACAAGGUGGUCAGACGCGUCGGUUACAAGUCAUUGAGUCAUUGAACUAUCAUUUUUCUAAAUUCGUAGAUGUAGAUUCGUAUUAUCUAUUGCACGUCCCCCGAUCGAUAACGAAGUGCCAUAAAUUACGUGGGAGGAUUGAAAAAGAAAAAAAAAUAGUUUUCAAACAGCCUAUCGUAUAUAAAUUAUACAUCCAUAUACGUAAUAUAUAAAUAUAUUUGUAUAAAAGUUUACCACUAGAAGUCAAGAUUUGAAAGAAAAAAAAGAAUGAAACAAUCAGACGAAUUAACAUAUCAUCGAUUUAGAGCGAGAAGUGUUCGAAGUGAUUUAUUAAAAAACCAAAAGCAA